AUGGCUCAAUUAAUCGAACUGAAUGGUGUGCAAAAGUUCGAACCUCGAGGUGACAGGCAGGGACCGGAGGUGCAGGACAUUUUUUAUACCUUACCUGAUCGUGAACCCGCUGGUGAGGAAGUUUCAGCUUAUAGGGCGGCAGUAGCGGCGUUAAACAAAUAUUUCAAGGGAAAGGUGAAUGUGCCAUAUGAACGGUAUGUGUUUAGAAAUUUGGUGCAGGGAACGGACAGUAUUGAUCAUUUUAUAACGAAACUUAAACAACAGGCCAAAUUCUGUAAUUUUGGAAAUGAGGAUGAGCAGAUACCGGAUCAGAUUAUCGAGAAAUGUGCAUCACAAAAGCUCAGAAUACGCUUGUUAGAAAAAGGGCAGGAUCUUACUCUGGAUCAGCUAAGGGCUAUAGCACAAAGUCUGGAAACGUCACAGUCUCAUGCUGUGCAAAUGGAGAAAAAUUCUAUCUGCGGAAAUUCGUCGAGAACGGGUGAAAUUCACAAAAUAAGUCCAAAAAGCAAAGGGAGACGUCAGCCUAAAACUUGUUUUAAUUGCGGACGUGAAGGACACUUCGGACGUGAUAGUGAGUGCCCAGCACGCGGACAGAAAUGUAAGUCAUGCGGCAAAGUUGGACAUUUUGCAGCACGAUGCAGAUCACGUAAUGGUCAACAUGCUGGUCGGUCAAAGGGACAUAACUCUUCGGCAAAUGAUCGUCACUGA